CCUGACCUCGACAGCAUGAACAGAGUGUACUCGCCGCUCUCAGACGUGAAUGAGAAAGAGAGAGGAAAUGACUUUGUUGAAGCUCCUGAACUUUCUACACGUUCUGAUGCUGUCUGUAUUCACCGGAGCAGCUGAUGGAUAUUAUUUCUACACGUGGACGCAGUGCAUCUACAGCUCUCCUGAUCUCAGAGACAUGGAGCUCAUUGAAAGCUUUUGCUUCAAUAAAUAUCCAGUCCUUAGGUUCAACAGCACAGUGGGGAUGUUUGAGGGCUUUUCAGAUUUUGGAGUAAAAACCGCAGAAAACUGGAACAACGACACAAACCUGCUGCAGCAAACCUUGGCUAAAGUUUAUACAUUCUGCAAGGCUAAUGCUAAAGUGUAUGAAGCAGCUAUCUACAGAAAAAAAGAGCGUCCGGAGGUGAGGCUGACUUCAGUGAUGCCGGGCGACAGCACACAUCCAGCUCUGGUGAAGUGCAGCGUCUAUGACUUCUACCCUCCACCGAUCAAGGUGUACUGGCUGAAGGACGGGGAGGAGGUGACCUCUGACGUGACCUCCACCGAGGAGCUGCCCAACGGAGACUGGUACCACCAGAUUCACAGCGUGUUAGAAUACACUCCUAAAUCAGCAGAGAACAUCUCCUGCGUGGUGGAGCACGCCAGCUUCACCAGACCCAUGAUCUACGACUGGACUCCACCGGCCCCGGGCUUUGAGUGGGACAUUCGGUUAUUAUUCACUGUUGAAUCUGCUGCACUGCUGCUGGGAAUCAUCACAGCCACCGUGGGAUACAUUUACUACAAGAUCAAAACAUGGUCCUGAUGCUGAGUGAAAGGAGAAGCACAACUAUCACACAACUCUUCAGCUGAUGCUUCACAAUAAAACAGAAGAUCAUCAUCUUCAGGCAAUAGUUGUCACUAAGUAAUGUGAACGAUUGAGGGACUCCAUCGCUUCUCACUCUCCUUCUACAUCUUACUCUCUUUCUGUCCUCCUCAUCCUCUUCUUCCCACACCACACACUCUUCUCUCAUUUCACUCCUUCACUGUGUAAUUAAGAAAAUGAAAAUAUGACAAACAUGCUGCAAACUGUUUUGUGGUGUUUUUAGAAAGUAGGACACAGUUUACAGUAGAAUCAUAAUCAACAUCAGAAUGAGCUUUAGGUAUGAUCUGAACACCAUUUUUGGAGAGUUGAGUUUGUAUAUUAUAAUUAUAUUCAAUACACAUGACUCUGGUCUGUUAGGUCACUCAUUCCAUGACGUUCACACAUCCAGACUUAAAUGCAGUUACUGUUCAAUAACUGCAUUUAAAAAGGCUAAUUUCAGUUCAUUUUCAUUAUUGGCUGUUAUGAGCACAAACUUCAGUCUUUCUAAGUCUUUAUUUAAAAUCAGCACUUUCAUCACAUAACAUACUGAAGCAUCGAUAUCAACCAGUUCAGCCCCACCGCUCUGGAAGCACACGUAUGAAGGUCUACCCUAAUCUGGGCAUACACUGUGAGACUUUCAUCUUACUUUGAGUAUAUCUUUAGAGUCUUCAUAACGCCCUAAGGGGCAGCGUAUCAGGAAACACGGUGGUAACACGUGUGUUACAACUAACUGCACAUUACUUUUUUCAUCAUAUCAUUUUUAAGAUGUACUUAAGAUGGCAAUGCAGUCCCGAAGGUGUAUUAUUUCAACCCUGAAUCUUUCUGACUUUGUGCUUCAUUUAUUUGCUAAUUUAUACAUUUUUUAGUUUACAAAAACAUAGUUUACAAAAAAUAUAUUUGACCAGUGUUUUUGACACAGCUCAUUUUUGGGACUAAAAUGUUCAAUAAAUAAAGAAACAAAGAGUCAUAAACUUCCCCUCCGAAAGGGAAAGUCACUCUUGGUUCUCUAGAGAUAGUUCAAAAGGCCUCGCUUCGGUGAAGUCCUCUACUUUUCUGAAUUUCACCCAUGUCUCACGCUCUCAUCUGCCAUCACAACCGCAUCUAUUGGGCCUCAACAGAGUCAAUGAAAAGAUGAGACAAAGUUUUGCACCAGGCUUUGCGGCCUUGACUUUCCAUCCAAUCAAUGAUCCUUCGAUCUAGGGAGAUCUCUCUCAGCUAUUGUUCACCUUCUUCUGGGAAGGACAUCUUUAGAAGUCAUCACUUAUCAAACAAAGAAGAACAAGAUGGCAAAUCCAAAACCUUGGAACCAUCCAAGACUGCGUCUGGAUCCUCAGCAAUGAGGCAAUGCAAGUAAGAAAAAUUGUACUCAGGUGAAAGUAAAGAUGAAAAAUUUUACUAAAAAAUACUUUAGUAAAAAGUACUUUUUUUCUGACAUACAGAUGUUUGGUGAAAGGGAGAAAAUGAAACACAAUAGCACAGGUCAUAUUUUGUUAAAAAACGUUCCAGAGAAGCAAGUCAGAAACUAAUUAGCACAGGUGGAAUGCAAUCAAGCUAAUCAAAGCAUGGGUAUAAAUACAGCCAACAUGCCUCCGUUCAUGUGACGGGUAAUCAGCAUGUGGUUGGCUUGUCUAAUCACCAGCAAAAAGAAAAAUGUCCAAGAGCCAAACCUCUUCACCCAGAGAUGAAAUUCUCCUCCGGUCUUAUUGUGUGACCAGGGCUACUCCACUGUCCUACGGGGAGACACAUUUCUAUACUUACCAUGAACUUAUCUCCACAAAAUGCAUCGUCCAAUCGCUCAAAUUGAACCAGUGCCCUUACUGAGGAGCCCUCAAUUCAGCUCCAUAACAGGGUAUACUUAGGAUGUAAGAAUAUCUCACGUGUGGUCUGCAGGUCGGUCACUCACUUUACCAUGAAUUGCCCACAAAUAAAUCCCUCAACCAAACCAUGUCAAGAACUCAACUCUAGAAAAAUCCACCAGCUACAUCCCAAGAUCUGCAACGAUUCCUAAUGCAGACCCAGAUCAAACGCAAUCAGCUAGGCCAAAUACUAGGCAGCCUUGUUUUGCUUUCAGUUCUCAGAAAUGGGUCCCUCUACAUCUAUUGAAUUUCAGAGGUUACUACCAAGGUCGCUGGUUUGCUAUGGAGCAUAAGUUACUAUGGUCAUGAACACUGCUAAAAGCUAAACCCCUUUUAUAGUACCUAAACAUUUUUAUUUGCACUGGCUACCAAUAGCUGUUCACAUAAAAUUCAAGGCAUUAAUGAUUGUCUAAAAAAAACGCUCUGGUUGAAAUUCUCCAUGAAAUCUUAAAUGAUUCUUGUUUGAGCUAAUUCACUACAAUUACUUUUGUUGUCCUCCUGUAAAUCACUUUGAAUGUAAGUGUAUGCUAAAUGAUUACAUGUAAAAGUAAUAAAGAAGUAAAAAACAG